AUGAACUCAAUCAUGGCCGACUCUGUCAAAAUCGAAAGCCGGCCCAUCCCAGCCUUCUACUGCUGCUACCUGCUCCGCUCCAAAAACCGAAAAGCCUUCUACAUCGGCAGCACCCCCAAUCCGGCGCGUCGUCUAGGCCAGCACAAUGGCUCAAGCAAGGGCGGCGCGAAGCGUACAUCGAUGCAGGGGAAGCGGCCGUGGGAGAUGACGUGCAUCGUUACUGGCUUCCCCUCCAGAGCCGCCGCGUUGCAGUUCGAAUGGGCGUGGCAAAACACGCACGCCACCCGACACAUAGAGCGAGAGGUGCGCGACGCGAGGCUGGAGGAGCUUCAAAAAGGCAGAAAGAACCCAUCACCAGUCAAAAGACCGCGACCACCAAUGUCACUGGAAGCGCGGCUGAAGAACCUGCAUCAUCUGUUAGGUGUCGGGAGUUUCAGCCGAUGGCCGCUGAACAUCCGUUUCUUCGCCCAGGACGUGUUCGCGCAAUGGGAGAAACAUAUCUCUAAAAUGAAGACGAAGUUACGAAAGGACGUUACCAUCAGAGUGACGCCGGCUGAGUUGCCCAAACUUGCACCGGAUGUGCAGAGCGAGAUGCGCACGCACUUCAUUCCAGAAAUAAUACGAGCGAUCCCCGUAGCGUACGAGGAUUGCAAGGCACAUGUCGAGAAGUCAAAGAUCAUUCUGGGAGAUGGCCAACAACGAACCUGUGUUGUUUGCAAAUUAGACACGAGUGCUGAGGACUCGCUUGCGCUGGUCUGCCCGGUAGAAACGUGCCGCGCAGUAUCGCAUAUGGCUUGUAUGUCGCAGAGGUUUCUUGCAGAGGAAAGCAAUGCAGAUGCGCUCAUUCCAAUCCAAGGGACAUGUCCGAGCUGCCAUACUUCGCUAAGAUGGUCAGACCUGAUGACAGAGCUCAGUCUACGCAUGUAUGGCGAAGAAGAGCUGAAAGUAAUGUUCAAAACAAAGCGGAAGAAGAAGUCGGAUGGAACAGUCGAAGAGGAUGCGGAAGAGUUUCCAGACAUUGACGAACUCGAGGUUGACCUGGACGAAGAUCUCGAUGAGACAUGGGGGGAGAACGUGAACGAUGACGAGGACAAGUGA